UUUCUACACUGGGCCAGCUGUGGUCCAGGGUCACGUUCCUCUGGAAAUGAACAGUCUGGUUUUGGUUCUCAACGGCCGAGAGCAGCAGAAGGUCACGUACUCCACUCGGUGGCUGGAGCAUGUCCAGGCUCUGGUUCACUCCAACACUGUGUCUCAUGUAGCCGUGGUCCUGCUGGGCAACGAGCAGUGCAACAAUGACUGGAUCGCCCCACACUUGAAGAGAAACGGUGGCUUUGUAGACCUGCUGUUCCUCGUGUAUGACAGUCCGUGGGUCAACGAUAAGGAUGUUUUCCAGUGGCCUCUCGGCGUUGCCACAUACAGAGAGUUUCCUAUGAUCAGGCCUAAUGCCCAGCUGAUAACUUCCAACCGACCAUACCUCUGCAACUUCUUAGGAACUGUUUACAAAAAUUCCUCCAGGGAAGCACUGAUGCAAGUGCUGAAACAGUCUGGCUUAGAUAAGGAAUGUCUCACUGCUGCCAGGGACAAAUGGCUUCCUCAGGAAACAUCCGAGAGUCUGAAGCGCUACCAGACAGCUCUAGCUCAGAGCGAGCUCACCCUCUGUCCAGUGGGGRUCAACACGGAGUGCUACCGCGUCUACGAGGCGUGCUCCUACGGUUCGGUGCCCGUGGUAGAAGACGUACUGACACCUGGGAGCUGCGCAGCGGGGCCCAGCUCUCCGCUGCGUCUCCUCAAAGCUGCCGGGGCGCCUUUCAUCUACAUCAGCGACUGGAAGGAGCUGCCGGCCAUCUUGGAGAGGGAGAGGGGAAUGAGCCAGGAGCAGAGGGUGGACAGGAGGAGGAGGCUGCUGGAGUGGUACUCCGGCUUCCGUCAGCAGAUGAAAGAGAGGUUCACAGAGGUCAUCGAGGAAAAUUUCUUCAAAAAUGUCUGACUGGUGUUUUUUUUUUUUUUUUACAUAAACGUUGACGUAAUUUAUUUUGUGGUUUGUGGAAAAAGUGAUGUACUACUGGCGUAGUGAACUUGGUGAUAUUCAGUGAUGUAUUCUCAGAGGCAGGUAUCAUGAAAUAAUUUAUGUUGUAGUGAAAUGAUAAAGUUGCUAUAUUUUUAGUUUGUAACAUUUAUGUUUAUUUGACUGAAAUGUUUACAGCUGUGGAAUGUACUGGCAUUAAAAACUACAAAUUGUAAGCUGCCUUUACAUUUUAUAGCCCAUGAUUUACUUCAAAAGUGUUUUUUUAUCUUUGUUUGUAUGCACUGAAAACUGUGAUUUUUUUUUUUAAGAGAACACUAAACGUGUGUAGAAAAAAAUAAUUUGUGCUUUUGGGCCUUCUUUUAAAAGUGGUACAUUUAGUAGAUCAGUUUUUUUUUUUAAAUUGUGAACAUCUUAAAGAUGAAUAAUGUUAGUGUGACUUGUAUUUUUCUUGCUGAAACCUCAUGAAAGAACUAAAUUUUGUUGUAUUUCAGUGCUGUGCUGCAUGCACUUUUUUAAACGGUGCAAUUAAAGUGGAGCGUUAUCUAA